CGUCACACAUCUGCGACGUCAAAACAUCCGGUAGAGGCUUUACGGUUGGAACUUGGAUCCGAUGGAUUUGUUGUUCGUCACGAAUGUGUAUUUAACAUAUUCAAUAUAAUAUUUGAAAGAAAUAUCAACGAAAUACGUUUGCUGGAAUCAAAAUACCGUUUCCUUCUCGGUCUGCUUCAGCCGGAGACUGAUUAAAUCUGUAUUGGUAUCGUUGUGAAGGUGUUGUCCAGCUGUGGUCAUGAGUGACAGUCAUCCUCUGCGGCCGAUGAACUCCGCGUCUGAGAUCGACCACCUGCAUCUCCUGUCAGAGCAGCUCGGUGCUUUAGUUCCUGGUGAAGAGUACAGCGAUGUCACAUUCGUGGUGGAGGAGAAGCGAUUUCCUGCACACAGGGUCAUUCUAGCGGCCCGCUGCCAGUAUUUCAGAGCUUUGCUGUAUGGAGGGCUGAGGGAGUCCCGGGCGCAGGCGGAGGUUAGGUUGGAGGAAACGCGCGCUGAGGCUUUUUCCAUGUUGUUGCGGUAUCUGUACACAGGCCGAGCCACACUGAGUGAAGCCAGAGAAGAGACACUGUUAGAUUUCCUGGGACUUGCGCACCGUUAUGGUCUCCAACCACUAGAGGUCUCCAUUUGUGAGUUCCUCCGCACUUUAUUGAGCACGCGAAACGUCUGUCUGGUGUUCGAUGUGGCCAGUCUCUACUGUCUGAAUGGUUUGGCGGAGGCCUGCAUGGCUUACAUGGACCGUAACGCCGUUGAAGUGUUAAAGUCAGACGGCUUUCUGACUCUUUCAAAGUCUGCCCUGUUGACAGUUGUGAGGAGAGAUUCGUUCGCUUCGAGUGAGAGGGAGAUCUUUCAGGCUCUAUGCCACUGGUGUCACCACAAUGGAGAUGGCCCAGAGGCAAAGGAAGUGAUGUCAGCCGUCCGACUUCCUCUGAUGACCCUCUUUGAAAUGCUAAAUGUGGUUCGUCCCUCAGGCCUCCUCAGUCCCGACGACCUGCUGGAUGCCAUACAGACUCGCUCCGAGAGCAGAGACAUGGAUCUCAACUACCGCGGCAUGCUGAUCCCAGAAGAGAACAUUGCCACUAUGAAGCACGGUGCUGUGGUGGUGAAGGGAGAGCUGAAGUCUGCCCUCCUGGAUGGAGACACGCAGAACUAUGAUCUGGACCACGGCUUCUCCAGACACCCCAUAGAAGAGGAAGGCCGAGCCGCUGGCAUUCAGGUCCGCCUGGGUCAACCUUCCAUCGUCAACCACAUACGCCUACUCCUGUGGGACAAGGACAGCAGGUCAUAUUCAUACUAUGUGGAGGUGUCUAUGGAUGAGCUGGACUGGGUCCGUGUGGUGGAUCACUCUAAGUUUUUGUGCCGCUCAUGGCAGCAACUAUAUUUCCCAGCACGAGUCUGCAGGUUUAUUCGUGUUGUGGGAACACAUAACACCGUCAACAAAGUGUUUCACUUGGUGGCUCUGGAGUGCAUGUACACACUGCGACCUUUCACCCUGGAAAAAGGCUUAUUGGUUCCCACAGAGAACGUGGCGACCGUGCAGGCAUGUGCCAGUGUGGUGGAGGGUGUGAGUCGCAGCAGAAACGCCCUGCUGAAUGGAGACACCAGCCAUUACGACUGGGACUCGGGAUACACCUGUCACCAGCUGGGCUCUGGAGCCAUCGUCAUCCAGCUUGCUCAGCCAUACAUGCUUUGCUCCAUGCGGUUGUUGUUGUGGGACUGUGAUGAGAGGAGCUAUAGUUAUUAUGUUGAGCUGUCCACCAAUCAACAAAACUGGGUGAAGAUUGUAGACCGCACUAAAGAUGAAUGCAGGUCAUGGCAGACUCUGACGUUUGACAGACAGCCUGCUUCUUUUAUUCGUAUUGUAGGAACUCACAACACAGCUAAUGAGGUGUUUCACUGCGUUCACUUUGAGUGCCCUGCACAAAUGGACACAGUUGUUAAAGAAGGAAGUCCUGGACCAGAUCAGCCAAAACCAGAAACCAGCUCCCAGAACUCCUAUUCACAGAGCCUUAUGGCCCAAAAACCCUCGUCGUCGUCUUCGCACGCUUAGAUUCUGGAUGAAUUCUUCAUGCCACUUGCUCGCAUAAGUAUGACAAGACAUGCUAGGGGUUCUGAUUUUACAAGGUUGUGUUCUUAAGGUUACGUGCUGCUACAGAAAGAACUGUUUAUAUUUAUAAUGAGAAAUUACUUGAGCUGAUUAUAACAUGCUGGUGUCACAUGCACUUAUUUUAUUAUGUUAAGAUAACUACAAACAAAACGUAACAAUAAAAGUAUUGCAGACUUA